UCCUUCGCUUCUUCCCUGCGUACAGUACUUCUCUUCCAUCUGGUCAGGACGGAGCAGAGCUGAGCAGCGCAGCCGCCAUGGACCGCGUGCAGCUCGUGCUCCUGGGCCUCCCCAUCCUCCUCUUCUGCUCCGACGUCGUCACGCUCUUCGCGCCGCAGCCGCCGGCGGCCCCCAAGCCCGACCGCCACCACCAGCCGGCCUCCGGCGCCUUCCAGCCUGACGACUCCUCCCCCGGCGCCGCCGCGUCCGCGCAGGUUGCUGAGCCGCAGGUGGAUGGACCUGGCUCGGGCACCACCGUCGAGUUGAAGUUCUGCGCCUCCUGCUCCUACAGGGGAAAUGCGAUGACUAUGAAGCGGAUGCUGGAAACCUCAUUUCCUGGGAUUGCUGUCGUCUUGGAAAAUUACCCUCCACCCUUCCCAAAACGUGCACUCGGCAAAAUUGUACCUUUUCUUCAAGUUGGAGCACUAGCAACAUUAAUGGCUGGUGAUCAGAUUUUUCCUAGAUUUGGAAUGGUACCACCUCCUUGGUACUACUCACUGCGUGCUAAUAGAUUUGGAACAAUGGCAUCAGUUUGGCUGCUUGGCAAUUUCGCUCAGUCUCUACUUCAAAGUUCUGGCGCGUUCGAAGUUUACUGCAAUGGACAAAUGGUGUUCUCAAAAUUAUCUGAGCAGAGGUUUCCCAGUGAGUUUGAGCUACGGGAGCUCAUUAGCAACAGAUUAUCAGAUUCUCAACUUGGGAAAAAUCUGGAAAGUAUUCAGAAUCUGGAAAAUGUAGAAAAUCUGGAAAAUAUUGAAAAUCUGGAAAAUGUCGAAAAUCUGGAAAGUCAGUAAAAUAUCAAGACCCCACUCCCAUGAGUUUGUGUGUUACAUGGACAGAACUGAGUACCUAAAAGUUUCGCUUGUAACUCUCGUUGUUAAUCACAUACAAUUAUUUUACAGUUCUCUGCGAAAACAUAUUUAUUUUGUAAAUAACGUUCUGCCCUUGAUAAAGAAAUGUUUUACUAUGGAAUAACUCUUUGUAAGCGGUUUCCAUAUUUACCGGGACUAUAACAGAUUUGCCCUA